AGACAAUAUUCGUUCACAGAGGAUGCAAGAACGUAUCGUAAUUCCAUUAUGUAGGCCUAUACGUGUCGAGUUAUACAGUUUCAAAAAUGAAUUAACUUCUGCUUAAAUUUUCCGUGGAUCUUGACGCCCAUUGAUCUGCAUUGCAAGAUCGUUUAUUUUGUGCUUAAAUUCCCAAAAUGUCAGCCAAAGAGAUGAGGUGACCUAGGAAAGAUCCUCCCCACCAUAGAGACUGUACCCCCAGCUCUCCACACCGCUAUCCUGUCGGGGUGUCUUCUCACCCCUGACUCUAUACCCCUCGCCAAGUUCCUGUGUAAUAUCCGGCAGGUAUACCUGUCAAAAUGUCUCCUUCUACGAAAUCGGAUGUGCCUUCUGAGAAUAGCCUGAAAGAACCAUCGCUCGAGGACGCCAUCGAGAGGUUUCGUAGCCAGGACGCGGCGAACUACUUUACCCGAUUCCCGGAUGCGCGUCAGAAAUUCUUCAGCGAUGAGAGUAACCGUGGCGAGGCCGCCGUGCUCGUACCGCUCAUCUACGAUCAAGACCAGUGGAGGAUGAUGAUGACAGUUAGAGCGAAACAUUUGAGGAGCCAAGCUGGGUAUGUAGCCUUUCCUGGGGGCAAGUUUGAUGAUCAGGAUGUUGAUCUCCGUACCACUGCUUUGAGAGAAGCGCAUGAAGAAAUCGGACUACCACCCAACCAGGUUCAAGUCAUCUCACAACUGCCACCAUUGGUGGCCCCUAACCGUCACUUCGUCACCCCGUAUGUUGGUCUCAUCCCACCGACGUUCGUACCGACGCCCGAUGCCUCCGAGGUCGCCGAGACGUUCACCGCGCCAGCACGAAAUUUCACCCAAAGUCGACAUCAUUCCUGCCGAUGGAUCGAGUUCAGGAAUCGGCCUUUUCUCCUCCACGCCUUCGACAUCCCCGGCCUCGCCGGACGUCACCCUUUCAUGGGUAUGUCGGCCAAGUUGGCUAUCGUCACCGCGGCCGUUCUCUAUAACCGCAAACCUUCCUUCGAGGUCGACCCCGCCUUUGACAUCUCCGAUAUAAGCAGAGGGAUGUAUGAUAUCUAUUUUGGGAAAGGAUAACAUUUAUUAUGUCCCAAAUCAAUACCAUGCAUCAAGAUUACAAUAAGAAGGGACCGCGCCCUGUUGUGAUUCAAGUAGUGAAAAUGUAUGCAUAUUUUGUUUGCAAUGACACUUAUUUCAAAAGACCAUCCCCCAAAUCUUCUUCAUGGUUUUUUUUUGCUGAAACGAUUUCCGUGACAUGUGAUCAUGAGCGUUUUAUUAAACUUUAUGCUAAAAGACCACAUGAUGGCUAUCUUGGCAACAUCACGACAAUCAUGAUUUAAAAGUCAUGAGGUAUAUGCAAAACACGUGAUGUUACAAUUUUUUUUAUCAACCAUGCAGUCCGAAUUUGGUUUGGCAAAAAAAAAGAAGCAAAAGUUCUAGUUGAUAUUUCCCCAUUCCACAAAGUCGUGUCCACCAAACGAUCUCAGGAUUAAUGUUCAUGCAUUAUAUUUGGUCCAGAAGCAUUGGCCGUGGAACAAGAUUGAAAGUGGGGAGGGGUGGGGCCGAACAUGAUUAUGAUGGUCAUUCUUACUUUUAUGUACUCGUGUUCUGAAUAAAGUAUGGAGGAUGCUGAAACCCCAGCCCCCGACCCCACCGCCCCUGAGAAAAGUGUAUUAUGAAUAAUACGUGUACAAUAUAGUUUUACUUCACUCUUGAUUGUCUAUUAAUAUCUCGGUCACAAAUCAUUGCAAAUUGAAAAGGCUUUCGGAAGAAUUAUAUUAAGUCAAAACAAAACAUUUCCGAUUGAUAAGGUAAAUUUAAUGGGUUUUUUUUAUUGAUCAUUUUAUUAGGACGGAGCACACCAACGAGCAUUUGCUUUUUCAGGGUCUGCAUAUCUUUUUUGACUGGUAUUAUCCAACCUCCUUGCUAUAAUUAAGCCUGUAAACAAUGUUUUCCAUCUAAAUCAGUUCAAAAUAAAAUGUAGUAAAUGUACACCUGCAAUCAAAAUCGCAGUAGACAUGAUUCAGAUUCGGAUGUAUUCGCUAACGUGGAUUGUCAAAAUUAAGGAUUCCAAUAAUAAUUAUACAUAUUAUUUUUUUGGUUAGAAAUGGUUUUCCACAGUUUUGCUUAUGAAUGUUAUUAUUUGAUCGUUUCAUUAUUGUACUCUGUGUUUUAUUCAAGAGAUUUAAAAUAAAUUGUAAUUGACAUUCGAUUGAAAAAUAGUUUGUUCACCCCAUUCCUCUUUGUCUACCUCUUUAUAUAGCGUAAUUAAGAAUGUUUGCAGAAAGUGCAAUGAAACUGGAUGCAACGUCAUGUAGCUAAGCUCGUGUUUCACCGUGGUUUAGUUUUAUCCCCCUUGACAAAAAUGUUGGUUCAUUCUACCUUUCAACCUAUGAUUUACGAUGAGUGUUUUUGCGGGGGGGGGGUAAACUAUUAUCCCAGAUGAAUGAAUUUUAUUGAUUAAAAAAUGUUUAUUUCUCUAACAUAAUGUCUGUUGAGGAGUGUGAGGGCGUUAAUCGACAAAGUUGAAUGUUAUUUUGUGUUCUUUAUUGUGUUAUUUUGAGUUCUUUAUUGUGCUAUUUAUUUGAAUAUGAUUAUUUUCAUAUAUUUGCAUUUGAAUUGGACUUUUUGGUUGCAAUAAAUUGUAUGAUAUUA